CACCUGGGGCGGCGCCUGUACGGACGGCGCCCAUCCGGAGCGCGCGCCUCCGUACGUAUGGCCGGCGAGCCCGGCGGCGACGACGACGGCACCUCCUGCUCCCGGUGGAGCUGCGAUUUCGCCGCCGCGCACGCCAUCUUCGGCACCGGGUUCAUCACCGCGCCGGUGGCCGUCCUCCACCUCGUCAGGCGCCCGCACUCGGGCGCCGCGACCUUCUUCGCCGCGUUCGCCGUCUUCUUCGCCGCGGUCAGCCUCGUCCUCUGCUGCCGAUUCUACGCGGAGCUCAAGCGCCCGCCCUGGCGGCCCCGCUGGUGGCUCUCCGCGUCACCGGCGGCGCCGUCGCCGCGCGGCGACGGCGAUGACGAAGCGGCGACGGGGACGGCGCUGUCGCACGACCUCCGACUCUCAGAGCAGCCGCCGGUGAUAACCCGCGUCGGGAUACAGGCCACCAGGAGCGGCUACGAGCACCGCGACGGCGCCGCGGACUGCGCGGUGUGCCUGGGCGAGGUGGAGAACGGAGAGGCCGUGCGGCGGCUGCCGGCGUGCAAGCACGCGUUCCACACGGAGUGCAUCGACAUGUGGCUGCGCGCGCGCGCGACGUGCCCAGUUUGCCGGCGCAGCGUCGUGCUGGCGCUCGAACGGCCGCCGCCGGAGGUGGUCGUGGACAUCGGAGCCGUUCAGGCACACCCCGGACCGGUAAUGCCGACUCGGCCCGGCAUGAUCGUCUUCGCGAGCCACGCGCCAGGCCAGAUUGGGAUUCAUUCCGGGUUCACGCCUAGCUAGGUGCUGUGCAUGUCUGGUGUUGUAUUGUGUGGAUCACGACACGGUCCGGUUCUGGGUAAAGUUAUGUUUGCAUUGGUUGCACAUGUCGUACCUACCAAAUAAUUCGUGUAUGGAUGAUUUUUGUAUGGUA